AUGGAGGAGCGCAAGAGCCCCGAGCGGGACGACUGCGCGCGCGUCUCCGGGGAGCUGCGCUCCGGCUGCUGGCAGUCCUGCGGCCAGGGCGUGGUCAUGGUCCUCGGGCUCUGGCUCGGCUGGGGCCUGCUCAGCGCCGGCGUCGCCUUCAAGCUGCGCAACGACCUCGCCGACGACGACGCCACGGCCUGGGAGGCGGCGCGCUGCCGGACCUACGCGGAGACCGUGCGGUCCUUCGAGCGCACGGUGUCGUCCUACGACGAGGCCGGCGAACGCACGGUGCGCGAGACCUGGUGCUACGACUUCUUCUCCUACAACUUCACGGCCGCCGAGGAGCGGCACGCGGUCGAGCGCUUCGACGGCGUCACGCGGAAGCGCUGCGGCGACUGCGCCUGCGCGUCGACGAGCGCGCCCGCGGGCCCCGCGGCCAUCGGCGCCGUCGGCUGCCUCGCCAAGGUCACCGCGGCGCGCGCGAACGGCACGGCCUGCGCCGACGCCGACUGCUACCGGCUCUUCCCCGAGGGCGACGCGGGCGACGGCGCCGACCGGCGGGACUGGCUGCCCUUCGUCGUCGCCGGCGCGGCGCUCUGCUUCGGCGCCGGCGUCGUCUGCUGCGCCUCCGCCGGUCGGCAGGCGCUCGCGAACGGCGGCGGCGUGCUGCCGAUCACCGACUCGCUCCUCCUGCCGCGGCCCAAAGCCGACGGCGGCGGCGCGCCGCUCUACCGCACGGCCUGCGGCGACGCGGCGGCGGCGCCCUACCAGCGGGCGCUGCUGGCCGCGGCCGUCGGCGGCGGGCUGCUCGUCGGCGCCGGCGCGACGCUCCGGCCGGCCCUGCUGCCGCUCGGCGCCGCGUGCCUCGCCGUCGCGGCGGUGCUGUACCACGCCGCGACGUCCGGCCGGGAGGACCCCUUCUGGCUCACCGUCGAGACGGACGACCGCGUCGUCCUCCGGCGGCGGUCGCGCGCGUGCGGCGCGCGGCCCGCGCCGAACCACGAGCCGGGCGACGCCGUGCCGCCGGCCAUCGCGGCGCAGCUGCCCAAGGGCAAGCUCUGGGACGCGCUCCUCGCGGACUGGGCGCGGCGCGACGCCGCGCUCUACGACGCCGCGGAGCGGCGGCGCGCGCUCGCCUACUCGGCGCCGCUCGCGGCGCUCGCCACGGCCGCGGUCCACGCCUACGCCGCCGCGGCGCUCGUCCCGCUCGCCGUCGCCGCCGCCGCGUGCUACGACCGCCGCGCCGCCGCCGCGGAACGCCGCGCGACGACGGCCCUCGUCGACGACUGGGCGCCCAAGUUCGAGGGCCGCGGCCUCCGCCUCCGGUGGAAGCGGCGCGCGGUCCGGCGCCGCGCCCACGGCUGGCUCGAGAUCGCGCCCGUCGGUGUCGCGGACGACGCCGCCGGCUGCGUCGUCUACCCGCCGGGAAGUGGGGUCGCCGUCGUGCUAUUUGGUUUACCUUCAAUUGACUUUCGUCUUCCACAGUUGCAAGCCGAGGCCGCAGCAGUCGUCGCAUCGAACGCCACGACGCGCUGCCGCACCGCCAUGCCCAAGACCGUCAUCCUCAACGCCAUGCUGGGCCAGGGCCACCUGAGCCCGCUCGUCGGCAUCGCCACGCAGCUGCAGGCGCGCGACGACUACGAGGUGCAGUUCCUCGUCAACGCCGUCGACCGCGACGCCGUCGUGACGCAGUUCGCGUCCAUGGCGCCGGCGGCGGCGACGGCGCGCUUCGAGGCCGAGGGCGCCGUCGCCUACGACGACCCGACGCGCUUCGAGGCCAUCUUCUCCGACAUGAUGGAGAAGGGUUGCAUGCACCUCGUCGGCUUCAACGACGCGCGCCAGGCCGCCGUCGACGCCGCGGUCGACGACGUCCUGAAGACGCGCGACGCGGGCGACGUCGUCGGGGUCGUCGACUUUAUGUCGCUCGCGGCGGGCCGCGCGCUGGCCAAGCGGGGCAUCCCCUACUACGUGACGUUCCCCGGCCCCGCGGGCAUGCUUGGCGUCUUCGGCUGCGCGGACAUGCCGCUGCCCCUGGAGCUCGUCGCGCCCUACGUCGCGACGCGCGUCGUGCCGUCCGCGCGCCGCAUGAUGGGCGAGUUCUUCGCCUGCGUCACGCAGAACGCCGACAACGCCGCGGGCAUCUUCACGUCGUCGAUCGAGGCGCCGGACCUCUGCGCGUGCGGCGGCCCGUCGGGAUCGCCGCGGCUCCACUACGUGCACACGUUCUCGCCGCCGUCGGACGCGACGUGCGGACCCUUCGUCGAAGCGCACCCCGCGGCGGCGGCGCUCCUCGACUCGCCGAAGCCCCUGGUGCUCGUGGGCGGGUCGUCGAUCCCGACGCAGUCGCUCACGGCCUUUGGGCUGUCGGAGAUCCUCAAGGCGCUGCGCCGGGGCAAAGACGAGUGGAACGUCGUGCUCAAGGUCUGCCACCGCGAGACGUUCGAAAAGGCGUUGGAAAAAGCGGGCUUCGACGUCGAGGCGGAGCGGGGCUGGUUCGUCGCCGCGGCGUUCAUCCCCCAGGCGCCGCUCCUCGACCGGGCCGCGUGCUUCGUGACGCACAUGGGCUGGAACGGCACGUGCGAGGCGCUCCAGCGCGGCGUGCCGAUGCUCUGCACGCCCGUCGCCGUCGACCAGCCCAUCAACGCGGCGCACUGCGCGAGCCUCGGCGUCGCGUUGGUCCUCGACACGGCGGACCCGUCGUCGAGCGGCCCGACGCCGGGCAAGGACAACCACCUCCGGGAUCCGGAGCGCGUCGCCGACGCCGACGUCUACGCCAAGCUUCGGGCGCUCGUCGCCGCGGACUCGCCCUACCGCGCGCGGGCGAAGGCCGUCAAGGACGAGCACUUCCCGGAGGGUGCGACGGACAUCGGCCCGGCGGCCGUCGUCGCGGAGCUCGACCGCCUCUUCCAGGUCAAAAAGAUGACGCGCGAGUACGAGGUCGAGCUCGCCCAGCACCGCGCGUCGCUCGCCGCCGCCGCCGGCGCGCAGGAAGCGAAGGUCGGCGAAGUCGCCGCCGCCGCGUGA